UCCAAGUUUUGAGUCACUUCACUUCAAGUCUGGAUCCGUUGGAAUACCUGGGCAUACACUACUAUAAAGACACAGAGAAGGGAAGAAACACAAGAUUUGAAUAAGUUUGUCUUAUGAUUUACAACUUUCUUUUCACAUGACAACAUUUGGUUUGGUGUUUGUGUUGUUGUAAAGUAUUUCGAAUUUGAGGUAACUUGACCAUAGCAAGGACAUAUGUUUCGUAUCCAUAGGAGAAUGUAUAUUUAUAUUUUCCUAGUUGUGGACUUCAUAACGUUGUCUCGGCCUCAAGCGAUUUUCAGAGAUAUUGAGGAUUUCGACUUGGACAUCAACAGAAUAAACAUGGACUUAGACUUACGCGAGGGUGAUAUAAUCGAGCCUCCGCAUAAGCGAAGGGUUCCAAGGAAUACCGUUUUGAACAAGGACAAACUAUGGGACCUUCCCGUCCCCUAUGUGCUAGACGAAACCCUUGCUUUGAAUGCAAAAGGGAUCAUUCUGCGGGCCUUUGAGCAGUUCAGACUAAAAUCAUGCGUCAACUUCAAGCCCAGAGGCUCUGAGUAUCACUUCAUUUCAGCCCAGAAGAACAGAGGGUGUUCCUCCCACGUAGGGAGAUCUUCCAAGUAUGGACAGCCUCUUUCCAUUGGAAAUUACUGUGAUCAUAUUGGCAUUGUGGAGCAUGAGUUUCUACACGCUCUGGGAAUCUGGCAUGAACAGUCCAGAUAUGACAGGGAUGAAUAUGUGACCAUUGUUUGGAAAAACAUAAGACACGGUCAUGAGAGGAACUUUGUGAAAGUCUCUCCCCAUGAUUCGACCACCCUGGGUUUCCCGUAUGACUACAGCUCGGUGCUGCAUUACAGUGAGACAUCAUUCAGCAAGGGAGAGGGACCUACCAUCAUCACUAAGCAACCUGAGUACCAAAAGAUUAUUGGACAACGCCUUGAAAUGAGCCCACAAGAUGCCUUAAUGCUGAACAAGCUAUACGGCUGCAAAAAAUCUAUUUCAUUUAUGGAACAUUGCAACUUCGACAACCAGAGAUUGUGUGGGAUGAGUCGCUGCACUAAGAGUUUGGUAGGUGGCUGGAAAAGAAUGAAGACUGUUAUUGGGGGGCCCUAUUCUGAUUUCACCAACCUGGGGAAGACAGACGGUACUGGUUUCUUCAUGCACGCCAGCACAGCGUCAGGCCAGGAGGGGGACACAGCCCGGCUGGAGAGCAGGGAGAUGACUCCCAGUAGGAAGUGCAGUGUCCAGUGUCUGCAGUUCUACUACUACCACAGCGGUAACGAGUCAGACCAGCUCAACAUCUGGAUGAGAGUGUAUCGUGAUGAGAGAAACCCUAACGGAACUCUACGCCACAUGGGCCAGAUCACAGGUUCCCCAGGAUCUCACUGGAUGCCCUACCACGUGCCCCUGAAUGCCACCAAAACGUUCCAGGUGGAGUUUGAGGUGCGUAAAGGAGCAGGACAGUCUACAGGUGGGUUUUCCAUCGAUGACAUCAACCUGUCAGAAACCGAAUGCCCCCAUCACACCUGGCAGAUUAAAGACUUUGAGAAUCUUUUAACCACCAGUGACAUUAACACUGUUGUGUACAGCCCCAGAUACUACUCCCCAGAGGGCUAUGCCUACCAGAUUGCCAUUUAUCUUCGUGAAAUGUUGUUUGGAGUCUAUGUGCGCUUAGUCUCAGGAAAGUAUGAUGACCAACUCCAGUGGCCUUGCCACCAUCGACAAGUGACGAUUCAACUGCUGGACCAGAAUCCCCACACUCAGCAACGCAUGUCCAAGCAAAUCAGCAUUACCACUGAACCCUCACUUCAGGACGACUAUGAUUCCUGGAACAAUCCCCGUAAAGUCGGAAUGCUAAAAAACAGGGGUGAUGAGUCCUUCUAUGUAAACCCUGCAGUUGGCUACUUAAAAUUCCUAACCUUGACGCAACUGAAGCAUAGAGAAUUCCUCAAGGGAGGCAACAUUUUCUUCCUCAUCACCAUGCAAGAUAUCUCCAGUCUGCAUUUUACCAACUCCCUGCCCUGUCCCAAAUGGUCACCACAGAACUUAAUUAUAAACCCAAACAACCGUGAUGAAGGCCCAUGUGCCACAAAGUAAGAAAGAUCAGAUCAAGGACAGAUUAGUCCCCUUACACUGUGUAUGACAGUAUUUUUUUUUGGAAUUGUUAGUUAGAUUACUUGCUCGUUAUUACUGCAUUGUCGGAACUAGAAGCACAAGCAUUUCGCUACACUCGCAUUAACAUCUGCUAACCAUGUGUAUGUGACAAAUAAAAUUUGAUUUGAUUUGAUUAGCAUAGAUUUGAUUCAUUCCAGGUAAAUAUUGUAUUUAUUUAAUUUUUUAUUUAAAAUCAGUAUGCCCAUGGUCAUUAUGUUAUUUAGAUUCAUUUCAUUGUAUUAUGUUCUAUAUUUAUUGUAAACAUCUUGCCCACCUAAAUGCCAUCCUGAGACAGAUUAUGCCUAUUGUAGUCUUAACUAUAAUAGGCCAGUAUUGAUAGCAAGAUUUACAUCUAGUACCCGUUGACCACACUCUCCUUAUCCUGCUUCAUGUCCUAUGUCCUAACAUGUCCUAUGUUUAUUUAUAAUCAUAACUAACCACUGACUGUAAUUCUGCCCUAAAAACACACACUUUGCAUAAUACUGGAUGUAUGUUUUAUGAGAUUGAAAAAGCAACAAAUUGGGUGAUUUGUAUUUUCCCCCUGUGACACUAAAUUUUGUUUGUGAAAAUUAGAAUAUCCUCAGUGUAGGUCAUUUGUCCAGUAAAAAAGUUAGGUUUGAGCCAUUUAUCUGCAAAUACUGUUGAAGUCGGAAGUUUACAUACACUUAGGUUGGAGUAAUUUAAACUCGUUUUUCAACCACUCCACAAAUUUCUUGUUAACA